UGCUCCGUGUCAGUUCCAGUCAGUUCAUCCCCGACCAUCUCGGGUUGUUCGGCUAGCUGGUUUUUCGUUGUCAUUCGUUGCGUUGUUGUGUUGGAGUGUUUAUGGCUGUCGGCUGACAGUCUCUUCCUUCUCAUACGCGAGUGCGAGUACACGAGAAGUGGGUCAGUGUUUUCCGUGCCAAUUUGUGGGUUUACAGAGAUAUGUCUCCGGAUUCGGAUUAUACAUCUGGAUCGAAAAUGGGUUGACCGUAGGAGUAUCUCGAGUUUUAUUCUUUGCGACAAUCGCAUCGGUACGCGAGGAAGGAAGAAGAGGAACGGAACAUCUAGCGAUGCAAGACGAAGCGACGGUGAACAACAGCUUCGCAGCGGCGAGUCCUUUUACGGGCAUCGAGGAUUGAAAAUUUUGUGGAGAGGAGUGCCUCGCCCGCGGUGCGGAGGAGACGGAAUCUAGAUGCUAAGUAGAGCCAGAACAAAACCGAAGGGAAAAGAGUGAGCAAAAGAGAGGGUUGCGACAGACGGGAGGGAAGCGUAAGACAGAAAGAGAGAGGACGAGAAAAGGAGGGAUGGGCGCCGGGAUGGGUAGGAGCGGCACAAGCGGCGGUCUGCUCGAGGCACUUCCCACGGGAACUCCGCUCCACGUGGCGAUGCUCGGGCUCGACAGUGCUGGGAAGACGACUGCUUUGUAUCGACUCAAGUUUGAUCAGUAUCUCAAUACCGUGCCGACUAUCGGGUUCAACUGUGAGAGAAUCCGCGGCAGCAUCGGAAAAGCCAAAGGUGUUAGCUUUCUCGUAUGGGACGUUGGCGGACAGGAGAAGUUGCGGCCGCUGUGGAAAUCGUACACGAGAUGCACCGACGGUAUCAUUUUCGUUGUUGAUUCGUGCGACACCGAGAGGCUUGAGGAGGCGAAAAUGGAGCUCACCAGGACGGCGAGGAGUCCAGACAAUGCGGGCGUGCCGAUUCUAAUCCUCGCCAACAAGCAAGACUUGCCUGGCGCGAAAGAAGUUAGCGAGCUGGAGAAGCAUCUCGGAGUGUUGGAACUGGCAGGAAUGCCAGGCAGCUCUUGCAUUCGCGUGCAACCGGCGUGUGCUAUUACGGGCGAAGGACUUCACGAGGGCCUAGACACGUUGUACCAGCUGAUCUUAAAGCGGCGCAAGCUGGCCAAGCUGAAUCGGAAGCGGGCCAGGUAGGCCAGGGCUUCGGAAGACUGCACAUGCGUCUUCUGAUAUUGUCAAUCGCGGACAGCCUCUCCACUGUCGACGCUAUCCACAGCUUCCUCCUCGUCCUCCCUCGCUGAUCACGCGGAUGAGGUGUAGCACAGUGAUUCGAAAGAAGCGAAACGGUGCGAUCGCUUUCUUCCGACCUCUCGUUCUUAACGAAACUGACUGACGCUGUUGGAGCAGCCCGGAGCUCACGCCGUUGUCGCACGUAUAUGCACGAAUAUGCGUGUACGCGUGUGCGUGUACAUAUAAAUAUAUGUUGGUUGUAGAACUGCAUAAAUAUGAAAAAAAA